AAAGUUGUGCUGCGGAAGAGGGAUGCCGGGGAGGAGAUGGCCGAGCUCAGAUAGCGUCGUGUCGGUGGCCACCUUCACCAUGGAGCUGCUCCGGAGGAGACACGCGGGCUGCGGGGGGCGGCUGCUGCUCUUCGCGGUGGUCUUCGGCUGGUGCGUCGGCUCCGUGCGGUGCUUCGGUCACAGCCAGGACAGCGAGUUCACCUUCCUGGUGCCCGCCGGAAGAUCCGAGUGCUUCUUUCAGACAGCGGCGAAGAACGGCACGAUGGAGGUCGAAUAUCAGGUGAUAGCAGGUGCUGGUAUGGAUGUUGACUUCACCAUCCUUUCUCCAGAGGGCGUCCUGCUCAUCAUGGAAUCCCGACGCUCUGACGGAGUCCACGUGGUGGAGCCCACAGAGGCGGGGGACUAUCAGAUCUGCUUCGACAACAGCUUCAGCCACUUCUCAGAGAAGAUGGUGUUCUUCGAGAUCAUCAUCGAGGGUCAGGCAGGAGACGUGGGUGGAGAUGAGGAGUGGCCGGGCCUAGAGGAGCCUGACGGAAGCCUGCUGGAGUACAAGCUCGAUGACAUCCGGGAGUCCAUGGACUCUCUGCACAGACGCCUGGAGCGCAGCCGUCAGAUGCAGACGGUGCUGAAGGCCUUCGAGGCACGUGACCGAAACCUGCUAGAAGAUAACCUGUGGAGGGUCUCCUUCUGGUCCUGUGCCAGCAUGAUGGUGAUGCUGUGUGUGGCCUUUACUCAGGUCUACACUGUCCGUAAACUGUUUGAUGAUAAGCGGAGAGUCUGCACAUAAAGGAACCGUCGCGCUGCACUACACGACGGACUGGGAAGGAAAACAAGAUGUUCACCUGGUUACCCAUUCAGAUUGUGCGCCAUCACUUUUCAUUUUAUCUACAUGAAUACCACAAUUCAAAUUAAACAGUAGAGGCUUUUUUUUAAUUUUUAAUUUAGUGCCUUUAAUGUCAAAUUUGACCACAGACCAGUGAGAAAAUCCUUUUUGAAAGACGCAGCCUUCAUAGACCAAAUACCAAAGGUUAUGUUGUUGCUGUCCAACAUUUUGAAACUGGUUUAGUUCCCUUUUUUAUGGGAUUUUCUGCAAAAGGUGAAAUUAACCUUAUUGAAGUUUAAAGGUCAGUUGUAAGUCACAACUCAAAGCAAAUCUAGAGGACUUGCAAAUUGAUAGUUUCCAAUCGAUAGCAAUGUGCAAUAGUGUUGUUGGCGUCUUCUUGAGAGUGAGAUCCUGCCAUUAUAUUGGUGAACUGUCCAUUGAUCUAAAUGUGUCCUUGGUUACAGCCUCAUGUUAGCUUUCUUUUUCUUUGAGAAGUUACUGAUUUGUUUUUUGUUCCAGUCCAAGGUCAUGUGGGCAAAUAAUAAUGUAGAGUAAGAAACACUUUUUCCUAUAACAUGUAUGUGUCAGUCUUCCUGCAGACAAACACACACACAGUGUGUCUGUUCAGAGAAGCAUCAAGACAAUUCAGUGUGAACAAAUGUGUAUUUCUGGAGGAUAACAUUUGCUUUUACUUUGAUGUGUGUUUACUGUGUCAACAAAAUGUGACAUUUUGUUUGUACUCAGACGGCCAUAAAGUGAUUUGUUUUCUAUUUACCAUGAGCAGAGUGUCAGAUAAUUAAGAUAAUCAGGUUUUUCAUUGGUGUCAUUUAUAUUAAUAAAUACAUUUUUUACACA